AUUCUGGGAAGACAUGUGUCCAGUAGAAGAUAAGAUGAACAUCUGGUUGUCCAGAUACGUUCUUAUCUCCAGAGAGAUACAAUCUUUCUCUGUGCAAUGGUGACAGCAGCAGAGUGUGACCAUCAAAGUGAAACAGAUAGCAUCAAAAAUACAUUUCGCAAGCAACAUGUUACAGAGCAUCUCAUGAUUAUCACUUCUCGAGCCCAACACUUCCUCCCUCUGCUCCUCCUUCCAUACAGGGCUAAAGUCCAUGAUGAUAACUCAGUUAGAUAUUAUGACAGAGCUAUGAUUGUGACAUAAGGUCAGGUUGCUCUCAGGUUACAGCUGUGGUCCCAUCCCUCGGUGAAUUAAGACAAUGACCUGCGCUUUGACCUAUCUACUCUCUUCCCCAGCUGCCCCAGCAAACAAAGGACACAUGUCGGGAGUAGAGCUCCUCAAGAUGGCCAUAAGCCACCAACUCACCGCUCUAAACACCCUCAGGGAUUUGUUUGAGAACCGGUUUUCCAGCAGUUUGAGACAAGGCUAUUUAAAAGGGGACUUGGAUACAACAUUGCAGGUGAUGAGCUCUUUGUCACUGCUCGGUGACAAUGCAGAGGUGGACGCUUCAAGCGGUGGAGAGUGCAGCAACAGCAGCCAGAGUCUCAUCAGUAGCAUGGACCAGACAGAUCAGGGAGCACAGGGUCCUGGGGAGCCCCAACCUUCUGCAGCCCACACACUAAACAGUGCACCCCAAGAUGUCAGCUCCGCAACCAGCUCCAGGACUGCCCCAACACUGGCACAGAUUGCUUCCUUAAACAGGUUCUUCAGAGUCCUUAAAUGCACGGUGCAGCUAUUGUAUGUGGAAAUAAAGGCACUCAGCCAUCUCCCAGGGGAUCCUGUAAUUACCAUCAGACUCAAAGAUAGCAUUGAAUUUAGAAAUGUCUGUACCCACAUGACACUACAGAAAGAAGACCGACUGUUUGAUCAGGAUCUGACUUCGGCAAAUGAAAUAUUAAGGACAAUAAUCACAGAUCUGCUGCAAGCGCUCUCCUCUUUUACAUCUGAAUUUAUAGAAAAAGUUACCAAUCAAUUAAAUCAAAUACUGCAAAUAUUGCAGUUCUGAUAGUCUUGUAGUAAUGUUUUUUUUUUAUUGAAUUUCAAUCCAG